AUGGACGAGUUUUUACAUGACUUAAUUUCACAUUCUAAUUUUAGUUCACGAACUAGUUUGAAGCUUCAACUUUUACCGAAAAUUAUACUCACUCAUGAACCUAAAAAAACACAUAUUACAUCAGGGCUCAGAGUCGUAAAUACUGAAGAAACUCCACAAAGAGACAACUCAAAAGGUGAUAUUUCAUAUUUCCAAUGUCGCAGAAGCGUUCCUUUAAGUUCUAUUUCAUGGCUUAUUAUUGUAUCGUUCAUGUUUAAAAUCAGUCAUGAAGAUUGUAAUCCUGAAAGUUUGAUAAAAAGCUGA